AUGGCAGUUCUGUCCACUACCGCGGCCGCUGUCCACGCGCGGCAGCGUACCAACACGUCUCGCAUGGAGGCCGAGGCCGAGGCAAUGGCGGAGGCCAGCGAAUGGGUUAAGAUAUACCAGAUCCAGGAUGGUUCAAGGGGGUCCUAUUCCUUCCCCCUCACAACCGGGGCGUACGGAAACAUCUCUGCGUCGAUCGGAUCAAGCCAUGCAAAAUUGUCUGACUCUGAAAUCAAUUCUAGGGCAGUGGCACGAGAUGGCUACUCGCACGUCUACCAAAUCAAGAGUUCCGAUUGCAGUAGCUACUUGUACGUGAGGUCGAACGACAACUACGUCGACACCUCGGCGUCUUUCGGCCUGACGUACGCCAAUACCAGAGUUUGCUUGGCUUCAUCCUACGAAUCCUGUUCGACCUGGGCCUAUUAA